AUGCCACAUAAGGGGGGUAAAAACAGCCUAGCGGGGAACUACUCAAUACUGGACAUUUUGAAGAAGGAGCUAAUCAAGGAAUUUGAGCAUGACGAUUCGAUAUCAAGCAAGGCCUUGCAAGAUGAUAUACAUCAAAAUGAUUACAAUCAGCAAAGAUUCCAAAGAAGCGUUGAGUUGAAUUUUGAUAAAGAGAAACCCAAACACGAUGAAUCUCAUCUACGACUGAUAGAGUUGAAAAAAGGGAAACCAAAUACUGCCAUCAUAGAAAACGAUACUCGAGAAACUUCACGAAAGAGAAAAUCAAGUGCCAUCGAAGAUAAUGAGGUGGAGUUAGCAUCGAAAUUGACAGCGUCUUCUGAUAUCGUCAAAAUCUCAAGCGGAGAUAAUUUGCCGGUAGGGGAGGGGAUACCACUUACGGAUGAGGUGUUAGAAAAAAUACUCCCUGAAGGAUUUACGCCACUCCGACCUCCUCGUGACCACCAACAAAGUACAGAACCCGGAAAGAAUGCCGUAGGGACAGAAAGCAAGUACUACAUACCCCCCAUGAAUCAAUCCAGUAACAUUCCCUCAUCGUUGGUCCCAACGAUAUCAUUAGCACACAAGGAUCUUGAAAAUGUUAAGGAAGAGGAUGUAAAGCAUUUUGGGCAUCUCUUAAAGCUAUCAGAAGAGGACGCCGAAGGGGAUACAAAAAGAGAAGUUCAAUCGAUGAAGCUAAUACUCAAGGUUAAAAAUGGCUCUCAAAUAGUGAGGAAACGAGCCAUGAGGACAUUGACCCAAAAUGCGGAAAAGUUUGGACCGAAGUUGCUUUUAAAGCAAAUUCUCCCUGUUUUGUUGGAGCCUGUCUUAGGAGAACAAGAGCGCCAUUUGUUGGUGAAACUUGUAGGGAGAAUCAUCACUCAGUUGAAUGUGUCAAUUCAACCUUUCACCCAAGAGCUAAUUCACGUUCUAUCUCCGUUCUUGAUUGAAGAGGACUCCACGAUACGUAGUGAGACUCGUGAUAUUUUGACAAAUUUGACCAAGGUUGUUGGUUUUGGUGGUAUGAUUUCAUCAUUGAGACCGGAUUUGGAUCAUGUUGACGAGUAUGUGAGGAACCUUACCUCUAGGGUUCUUGCAAUAGUGGCAAAUACUCUCGGCCUUGGUCAGUAUUUACAAUUCUUGAGGGCGGUUGUCACUUCACGAAAAAAUUGGACAGCGAGACACACAGGUAUCAAGUCGAUCCAGCAGUUGUGUAUUCUUUUAGGUAACGGAAAUGGGUCAAUGAUUUUGCCACAUUUGAGCUACAUUGUCAAAACUUUAGCACCAGCAAUCAACGACGAAGCUCCGCAAGUUAGAAAUAUAACCGCGUUAUCGUUGGCUCAAUUGGCAGAAAAUGUAGCACCUUAUGGUAUUGAUGCCUUCGAACCAGUUUUGGAGCUACUAUGGAAUGAGACUAGGAGACAACGAGGAAGAGGAUUAGCAACGUUUUUGAGAUGUAUUGGUUCAUUGAUUCCGCUCAUGAAUUUUGAUCCUCGAUACGAUGAGUACACCAAUUUCUAUACAGCCGAGUUGGCAUUUUUGAUUUCUCGUCAAUUUCAAGCACCUGAUGAGGAUAUGAGAAAAACGGUUUUAAGAAUUAUUACGAAUUUACCUCUUUCCAAAAAAAUUGUGCCCGAAUAUGAUGUGAAACUUAUUAAACCAUUUUUUCAGGCAUUUUGGAACAGACGUACAGCCUCUGAUAAUUUACAAGUGACAAAGCUUGUUGUUACUGCAACUAAUAAAUUGGCAGCCCAAUUUGAUUUUGUAACCAUUUUGGGAUAUGUUAUACAUUUUGCCAAGGAUGAAAAUGAACAACUAAGAAGAUUAGCGGUAGAAGCACUUCAUACUAUUGUCGGAAGCAAACCUGAUGAAACAAUCGGGUUAAGCUCUCGUCAAGUUGAGUCCUUGGUUGAUAGCGUUUUGUUUGCAUUUCAAGAGCAAACAGCUCAACGGCAGAUCUAUUUACUAGCGUUUAGCUCAGUUACAAAAGCAUUGGGAGUGAGAAUGAAGCCGCAUCUUAAUUCCAUCAUUAGUUCUGUUUUGUACCGAAUGAAGAAUAAGUCCCCAGAAGUGAGACAACAAUCUUCGGAUUUGAUUUCCAUCAUUGCCCCCGCAAUUAAAUCAUCUUUUGAGCAUGACGAUGUGUUGUUGCAAAAAUUGAUUUUGAUUUUGUAUGAAUCCUUGGGUGAGGUGUAUCCCGAUGUGUUGGGUUCAAUAAUAAAUGCCCUACACUCUUGUAUUAGUUCCAUUGACACCAAAACCUUGUUGUCGAUGAAUAAUCCAUCCAUCAAUCAAAUUUUGCCCACAUUAACUCCUAUAUUGAAGAAUCGACACGAAAAAGUUCAGGAAUCUAGUGUUCGAUUAAUUGGAUUGAUUGCCACUAAAAACGCUGAAACAAUAAAUGCCAAAGAAUGGAUGCGUAUAUGUUUUGACUUGUUGGAAAUGUUGAAAUCAAAUAAAAAGAGAAUAAGAAUUGCUGCAAAUGCAACAUUUGGUUAUAUUGCCAAGACUAUCGGACCACAGGAUAUCAUUGUUAUGUUAUUGAACAAUUUAAAAGUACAAGAGCGACAAUUGAGAGUAUGUACAGCUGUUGCCAUGGCAAUAGUUGCAGAAAACUGUCAACCUUUUACGGUGUUGCCAGCAAUUAUGAACGAGUACAAGACUCCGGAACGAAAUAUUCAAAAUGGUGUUUUAAAAGCAUUGAGUUUUAUGUUUGAAUAUCUUGAUGGUAAUACCACCAAGGAUUACGUGUUUGCCAUUACUCCCUUGUUGGAGGACGCAUUGCUUGAUCGAGACUUGGUUCAUCGUCAAAUUUCCGCCACUGUAGUUAGUCACAUUGCCUCAAAUUGUUUCGGCAUGGGUCUUGGUUGUGAAUAUGAUGAAGUUUUCACUCAUUUAUUGAAUUUGAUUAUGCCAAAUAUUUAUGAGACUUCCCCACAUGUGAUUGCUCGUAUUUUGGAGAGUUUGGACUCGUUGAGAUUAGUAUUGGGGUCUGGCGUGUUUAUGAAUUAUGUGUGGGCGGGACUUUUCCAUCCGGCAAAGAAAGUAAGAACCCCAUUUUGGAAGCUUUUCAAUAGUGCAUAUGUUCAAUGCAGUGAUGCUCUUGUGCCAUACUAUCCUAAUUUGUCAAAAAUACCGGAACAGGAAGAAGCUCGGUUCAAGAUUGAAGAGUUAGACUUACGAUUGUGA